AUGAAAGAUUCGGAAAAGAAGCUGCUGCUGCCCGACCGGGCCGGCGCAGCCUAUGGAUCGGUUUCAAGGUGAGUUUUUCGUUGAAGUUUGGGGUUAAUUUGGGGAUUUUAUUAGAGAAUUUGUUUGGUUGCUUAAAGUUAUAGUAUUAUACUAGGGUAGGUGUACUUUUGAAACGGUCAAAAAUAUUAAAAUAGUUGACAAACCAAGCAAAAUCUUUUUCAUCCGCUGAUUCUAAGCGAAAUAUGAAUUUUUGACAUGCUCUUUCAAAUGGCAUAAGCAAUUUUUUGAUAGCCCUUACCAUACCUUAAAUGUUGCAAUUUUCCAUGGGGUAGGUAUGCUUUCGCAAAAGAGUUUAUAGGAGAGUUCUGUAAACCUGGUGUGGAUUGAAGGCUUAAUUGUAAACCGGGUAAGAUUGAAGGCUUCAGGAACUUUUUAUUAGUCUGUCGGGAAAAUAAUGAGCACUCGUUGCGCCUGGGACUCGCCCAUCGUCGCUAUGCGACAGCUGGGGAUUUGGUGCGCGAUUGCGACGAGGCCAGAUAUCUUGCUGCGGCGAGUUCACACUAUUUUACCGACAGACUGAUUGCUUGCUGAGAUAGACUCUUCUUUUAUAUUUACUUGGCCUUCGUUGUUAUGGUCUUAACCAUCAAUUCACGACAACCUUGGCUUGCACCCGAUUUUAGCUGCGUAAAAAAAGUUUUAGGUUAAAAACUAGGACCUGAACCACUUUUGGUACCCGCCGUAAACAUAUCAGUCUAUCGGGGAAGUAGUGAGGGAAAUGUCGCUGCGCCAAUCGCUAGAGGAAAACAAUUUGAUUUUGCCGCGACACAGUUAAUUUUCUUGGCGGCGAUGCGAUUUUCGAUGCGACAGAGUGCUCUCUAUUUUCCCGGCAGACUGAUAUAUUGAUAGCAACAAUUGAUGAGCAACAGUAAUGCCUUGUAACGGCACGUUGAACGUUAGUCGACUGAAUGUUACUUUUUUCUAUUCAAAACAAGCAAUUGCAACUUCUACUGCCGUUUUGCGUACUCAGCAAUUUUUAAAAUGAUUUUACGGCCUUUGUUAUUACAUAUCAAAGAAGUCAAUAGCACUUCUAAAAGCGAUGACUUUUAUCAAUUUUUAGCGCAUGGUCUUUACUCCACUUGCGUAAACAGCGAUGAGAAAUUAAGGAAGCCCCAAAAUUUCUUUUCCAAAACAACAAAAUUUAAUCAUCAGCGUGUCGGGAAAAUAAUGAGGAUUUGUCGCUGAAAAAUCUCUUGUCUCGUCGCAAUGGCGUAACAAAAUUCCAGCAGCGGCUAGCCGUUGCAAAGCGAUGAUGGUGCAGUGUAAACAGUGCGUAUUUUAUAACUAAAAAAGAAAAAAGUCUGCUGAAGACAGUGGGAUUCGAACCCACGCCUCCGAAGAGACUGGUGCCUUAAACCAGCGCCUUAGACCGCUCGGCCAUCUCACCACAACGAGCGAGGUUAUGGUUUACUCUUUCGGUUUGAGGAGUGUGGUAUAUAAACCACGGCUUGUAUACCACACUGUCGGGAAAAUAAUGUGGAUUUGCCGCAGCGAAAAUGGUCGCUAUAUCCCCAGCGCGUCUAGCCGUAGCAAAGAAAUGAGGGGUAUUUCAAGGCCCGGCAAAUACACAUUAUUUUCCCGACAAAUUGUUAUCAUUCUGUCGGAAAAAUAAUGAGAGCAAUGUCUCUGCGCCAAUCGCGACGCUAAAGCGAAAAGAAGUUUGAUUUUGUCGCGACAAUUCAUUUUCUCGAUGCGGCAAAGUGCUCAUUAUUUUCCCGACCUGCAAAAAAAACUACGCCUAUAAAAUUUACAACGCUUUGAUCUAUCCCUGACACAAGUCAUUAUGAAUUGACAGCCAUUUUAACACCCUUUUAUUACUGAUUAAUGCAAAUCAAGUCAUUUCAGCCCGGAAGGAUCCCAUCACUCCUUCGACGCGAGCCCAAGCCCACAAAAGACCCUCGGCCUGGUAUGUUUAUUCGGUUAUUACUGCGGUUUUUACGAGCUAGUCAGAGGGCUAUAACUUGAUUUAUUACGCGUUGCGAAAUGCAUAUUUUCUCUGGCCUGCGACUUCGACGGCGGUCGAAAGUCAAGGCGAUGGCUAUAGAAGAGGAUAGUGUGUAUGGGAAGGCUGGUCAUAAGCCAAAAAGAUUGAAGGAAGAGUCGGCGCUAAAGCUGGUAGGAAAUCGUCUUUUGAGGAGUAUAUGUAUAAUACAUAUUAUAUAAUACUAAUAUUUUGAUUUUUGGUGAUUGCUUACAACGUUUGUGUACCAAACCGUAAAGACCCCAAAAAAUCACAUAUUUGCUAUAUAGAAUAGCUUCGUUGUUUUGAGGAUAAAUUUGAUCAAAAAUGCCUCUUGGCUUCUACAAGACAUAUAUCAGUCUGUCGGGAAAAUAAUGUGGAUUUGUCAAAGCAAAAUGUUUCGCCUCGUUCACACAGUAAAUCAUAUAAUCCUCAACAUAUCUCUGGCUAUGCCUUGCAAAGUAUAGAUGGGCGAUUCCAAGGCGCAAUAAAUCCAUAUUAUUUUCCCUACAGACUGAUAUACAUUUCAUAGUAUAAACUCUACUCUACUGGCUGCAAAUUUUAGCUUGAUGAGAGAGCAAGGUUUUCGGUCAGAGUUGGAGGUAUUUCCGGACAAUCCAAGUGCUUCAAGUGCUUCCCGGAUGCUAUCAGAAGUCCAUUUGAUCACUAGAGAUCCUGUCCCCGACUAUUAGUCUGUCGGAAAAAUAACAAGCACAUUUUUUUACUUUUUUUGAUGAGAAGUGCCUAGACAUGCCUCGAUAGAUAGAAAUUACUACUUUGAAGUAUCAGUCUGUUGGGAAAAUAAUGAGUAAAAUCUCGCUGUCCUGAUCGCAUCGCUGAAUUGAAAAACAAUUUGAUUUUGCCGCGACACAAUUCAAUUUCUCUUCGGCGAUGCGAUUUUUGAUGCGACAGAGUGCUCAUUAUUUUCCCGACAGGCUAAUAUAUCUUCUCUAAAGCUUUGAGAGCGGAUAUACGCAUAUUCCCCAAUUUAUCGAUAAUCUUUCAGUUCUCUUUUUGCCAACCAUUCGACUACUUUCUCUUGACCGUUGGAACAAUCGCCUCGAUCGUCCAUGGAGCGGGCUUCCCUCUGCUCUCCAUCCUGCUCGGUGGAAUGACUACGGUCUUCUUGCGAGCGCAGAAUUCUCCAUUUGUAACGAAUAAAGAUGCUGGAAAUGCUGCGUUGCCGCCGAUUUCUCAGUAAGCGAGAAAUUAAAAUUAUUUCAUCCUCUAUUUUAGAGAUGAAUUCAACGCGGACGUUGUGGAAUACACCAUUUACUACGCGAUUCUCGGAGUCGCCAUGUUUGUGACGUCAUAUAUUCAGGUGGGUUGACAACAGAGGGUACAUCAAGUGCGAUGCUCAAAUUUUAAUCAAGCUUGUCACAAAUUUACAAGGGAAAUAGCCCCAACUGCUACGCUCAGAUCUGCUUUAAAUUUUGCACACACGUUGGGCAUAAGUCAAAUAUUAAUGUUUGAAACUUUUAGCUUGCGCUUUGCAGGUGCAGCCGAGAUAUUCAACGAUCUUUGAGGCCAAAAGAGUACGUGAAAUGCGGAGAACGGGCAGAGAGAAAACACGUUUUAGCCAUAACGUUUCCAAUUUUAGACGAAAAUUUUUUAUUUUUUCUGGAAACGCUAUUCUCAGAAGUACAAUUAGGUAUGAAACUUCUCGUGCCAAAAUUCGGCAAAAAGUGUCAAUUUUUUGCCGACUUUUGAUCUAAAAAUCUCGGUUGUUCUGCAAAGCGCGAGCUAGAAUUCUGGCAUAUGUCUUAGAAGGACUAAUUCAAAAUUUGUGCAAAGUUUCAUCAAAAUCCAUGCGUCCCACUUGGGUACUUACCUACCCUAUAAGUAUAAUUUUAAAUUUUCGAGGAUUGAUAUGUGGCCUAUGCCCUACUUGCGUGCUAAACCUAAAGAAAAUCUGAUUGUGUCGGGAAAAUAAUGGGCACAAAAUUUGUCGAGGCCCCGAUCGUGACGCCGAAGUAAAAAUCAAUUUGAUUUUGUUGCGACACAAUUCAUUUUAUCGGCGGCGAUGCGAUUUUUGAUGCGACAGAGUGCUCAUUAUUUUCCCGACAGACUGAUAAUCAAAAUACAAAUUUCCUAUUGCAGAUCGCCUGCUUCGAAGUGUUCGCCGAGCGAGUGGUCCAGGCGCUGCGUCAGAACUACCUCAAAUCCGUUCUGCGGCAAGAAAUCUCAUGGUUCGACAACACUCAAACCGGCAGCCUCACAACUCGGCUAAAUGAGUGAGUUUUUCAACCAAAAUUAUCAUCUUUUCGUCUAGCGAUCUAGAAAGAGUCCGCGAAGGAAUGGGCGACAAGCUCUCGCUGUUCAUCCAGAUGAUGGCCGCAUUUGCCACCGGCUUCAUUGUUGGCUUCAUCUACAACUGGCAAAUGGCGCUGGUGAUGUGCGCUUUCACGCCAUUGCUGGCCCUCACCAACUCGUGGAUGGGGAAAUUCACGGCGGGCCGAGUUCAAAUGGAACAGGAGAAAUAUGCAAUUGCCGGCUCGAUUGCUGAGGAAGCGUUUGGGUCGAUGAGAACGGUGUUGGCUUUCAAUGGGCAGUUCAGGGAGCUGGAUCGGUAUGUAGGGGUUUUAUAAUAGUAGAAAAAGGUGUUAAAUUUUGAUUUUAAACUCGCAGAGGAAGGGCUCUAAGUGCGACGCUCAGAAUUUAAUGAAACUUGGCACAAAUAUAGAGUAAUUUUUGUUAACACUUUGCACAAAUAUAUAUAAAUUAAUUUUUAAUAACUUAUGCAAAUUUUAGCAUGAAAAUUUUUGUUCAUAUUUCUACCGUAGAGAGUCAUAUUUCCAUAAAAAAUUAAGUUUUUCCUUGCAAGACUGGCAAUGAUACGGUCAAAAAGUGUUUUUAUCUCUGACCGCUCUCCGCGUUUUGCCUACUCUUUCAUCCGCAAGGAUCUUUGCACCUCGCUGAUAUUUGGGCUGCAAAGACCCGGCUGAAAGAUCAUUUUUAGGAAUUAAUAUUAUGCCCGCCGUGUAUACAAGAUUUUCUGUGACUCUCUCCGCGUUUCGCAUACUGUCUCUCGGCAAAAAAGAUUGUUGAAAAUAUUUUGACUGCUUUGUAAAGCGCAAGCUAAGAUUUUCAGGAGUAGUUGCGGCCUCCGCCCGAAAUGUGUGCAAAAUUUAAAGAAAAUUUGAGCGUCACACAUGGGACUCUUGGACUCUUCCCUUGCCAGUAAGGUUUUCAAAAAGUGUGAGCUAAAAAUCUUUCAUAUAACACGUUAAAUUGCAUCCAUGAUCUGUGCGAAGUUUCAUCAAGGCCCUUUUAUCAGUCUGUCGGGAAAAUAAUGAACACAAUGUCGCUGCGCCGAUCGUGUCGCUGAAAUAAAAAGCAAUUUGAUUUUGCUGCGACACAAUUCAUUUUCUUAGCGGCGAUACGACAUUUUGAUGCGACAGAAAGCACAUUAUUUUUCUGACAGACUGAUAUCAAAUCUCCCAAGUUUUCUCCAUCAAUCUUCCCUACUUUCAGCUACGAAAAAGCCCUCGAAGACGGUCGAAAAACCGGCCUCGUCAAGUACAUGUACAUGGCCAUUGGAUUCACCGUCACCUUUCUCAUCAUGUAUGUCUCAUACGGAGUCGCUUUUUGGUUCGGCUCUCUGUUGAUUGUCUGGGAUCCCAGCUUUGAUCGCGGCACGGUUUUCACCGUCUUCUUUGCUGUCAUGACCGGCUCAACAUCUCUUGGCGCUGCGUUACCGCAUCUGACCGCUGUGUCCAUGGGCCGCGGAGCGGGAAGAUAUGUUUUGGGGGUGAUUAACAACAUCCCGUACAUUGAUCCGUAUUCGAAACGAGGAGCCGUGAUUCGGAAGCCGAAAGGAGCGAUUGAGUUCAGUGGAGUCCACUUUUUGUAUCCGUUGAGGCCGGAUAUCAAGGUAAGCGGCAACUAUACAUCAUAUCAUCCUGUCGUGAAAAUAAUGUGGAUUUCUCGCGCGUUGGAAUCGUCCAUUAUUGAUUUUGCGACGGCUAGUCGCGGCUGGAGAUUUGGUGGGCGGCUGCAACGAAGACACUUUGCUGUGACAAUUCCACAAUAUUUUCCCGACAGACUGAUAAAAAAUUGAAUUUAAAUUUCUACCAAGUUGCACCAAAUUCUGAGCGUCGCACAUUGAGAACCUAUCCAUCUGAUUACUGAGAAGUUGACUUUUUCCAGGUCCUAAAAGGAAUCAACUUCAAAGUGGAGCCGGGCCAGAAAGUCGCUCUUGUCGGAGCGUCCGGCUGUGGCAAAUCCACCUGUCUGAAUCUUGUCCUCCGCUUCUACGACCCAAUUCAAGGCACAAUCACGAUUGAUGGCUACGACCUGCGGGAAAUGAAUGUGGCCAAGCUCCGCGAUUUCAUUGGGGUCGUGAGCCAAGAGCCGGUCCUCUUCGAUGGGACGCUGGAAGAGAAUGUGCUGCUUGGGAAUGACAAUGCUACGCGCGAAGACGUCAUAAACUGCUGUAAAAUGGCCAACGCCUAUGACUUUAUUCAAAAACUGCCAGAGGGAAUGUACACUCGAGUUGGGGAGAGGGGUGUUCAACUUAGCGGAGGGCAAAAACAAAGGAUCGCGAUUGCCAGAGCGCUGAUCAAAAACCCCAAAAUUUUGCUGUUGGAUGAAGCCACGUCGGCGUUGGAUACCGAAUCCGAAGCCCUCGUCCAACGCUCCCUAGAGAAGGCGCAAGAAAAUCGAACUACAUUGAUUGUCGCGCAUCGGCUAUCGACGAUUAAGAAUGUCGACAAAAUCUACGUCUUCCAGGAGGGAGAGAUUGUGGAAGAGGGAACGCAUUCGGAGCUGAUCGAAGCCAAAGGCUUGUUCUACGAAAUGGUGCAGAAUCAGCAGAUCAAUCAGGAGGAGGAACGGCAGAAAUUGGGCGCUAUCAAAGGUCAGUGAUUUUUAUGCGGCUCAUAGGGGAAGUGGUUGAAGUUCGACGCUUAGAUUUUGAUCGAAACUAGAGAAAAUUUAGAAUAAUUUUUUCGAAGACAUAUGUAGGAUUUCUAGCUCGUGCUUUGUAGAAACGAGUGAGAUUUGUCCAAAGUUGGACAAAAUGUAACACUUUCUUGCGAAUUUUGGCAUGAAAAGUUUCAUGCAUAUUUCUACUUCACACUUACUUUUGGGACACAACCGAUCUCCGCGACUUGAUUUUUUCUAUUUUUUUCGGAAUGCGCUUGCUUUCCCUCUCCGUAUCUCGCUAGCCGUUUGAGCUAUGAAAUUUUUUCAAUGGUCAUUGCGAAGUUUAUACGAUGGGGUUCCUUACAACAUUCAUAUUUCCUGAAAGCCGGCUUCUUACUCUAUUGCUAUGCCAAUUUUUAGCCUUCUAGCUCAAACGGCUAGCGAGAUAUGCGGAGAGAAAACAAGGGCAUUUCGAAAAAAAUAGAAAAAGUCGCGUAUAUUGGUUGUGUCUCAAAAGUACAGAAUGCCGUGCCUUAGAGCACCAUGUUCUCUGAUAAAGAAAUCAUUUUUUCCACGUGAAACCGACAAAAGUAUGGCCAAAAACUGCUUUGCUAUCUCGGACUGCUCUCCGCGUUUUGUGGGCUCUCUCGUCGACAAAGAUCUUUGAAAAUCUAGGUUGUAGACGCAAUUGAAAAAAGGCUUCCAUAGCGGCGUUAUUUUCCGAACAACUUGUCAAAAUAUAAUACUACAAAAAUACUGAAUCGGAUCGCUAAAGAACAAUAAUACAUGCUAACAUAAUGAAUAAUAAUAGACAACAUUUUUCAGAGCACUCCAACGAAAGUGAUGCGAGCGGAUCCGAACGCUCUUCGCAACGUCCAAAUCUUGUCCGCAAGGUCAGUCAACGCAAGACGAGUGUGGUUAGCAGUCAUAAAGGAGCUUCAAAGAAGCUGUCGACCGCUUCUUCGGCUGUCUCGCGAUCCAGUACCGCGACCAUCUACGAUCUGCAAAAGGAAUGCGAGGUAAAGGGCGGACUUAGACGUAGGAAGAGAACUCCUAGACAUGUUUGUGAAAUUUUAACGCCUAAGGUCAUGAAAGGCGACAGCGAAGAAGGAAGUGAAAAGAGAGUGAAUUAUGUGGUAGAAGAGGUAAAAGGGAGUGUGUUUGCUCCUACUGCUCUAUUUCUUUCGGGAGCUACAGUGAGGGACCUGACCCAGUGGCAAAAAAGUACUAUUUUGCAUCCGGGAGGCAUAAAAAAUAUGGCAAAAUGCUUCCUUCUCCAAGUGAAAAUACUUCGUUUUGAAGGGUCCCUCAUAAAAAGAACUGGCGCACUGGCACUGUGAUUUUUAACGACUUUUUUGGACAAAAGCCGAUAAAAAUUGGAUAAAAAAUCGGCCUAGGUCCACUACAAUUUAUUAUACAAUGACGGACCUGAUCCAGUGGCAAAAAAUAUACCACUUUGCAUCCGGGAAGUAUCAAAAAUGUGGAAAAAUGCUUCCCUCUCCAAGUGAAAAAAACUUCGUUGUGAAGGGAGCGCUCUUUCCCUCAUAUAAAGAGCGGGCGCGCUUUCGAAAUCGGAGUUUUUUCACAUAAAGAGGGGAGCAUUUCGCCGCAUUUUUGAUACUUCCCGCAUGCAAAAUGAUACGUUUUUUGCCACUGUAUCAGGUCCCCAGUGAACGUAUCAGUCUGUCAGGAAAAUAAUCAACAAUUUGCCGCUGCGCUAAUCGCGUCGCAGAAAGCAAUUCGAUUUUGUUGCGAGCGACACAAUUCAUUUUCUCGGCAGUGAUGUGAUUUUCGAUGCGACAGAGUGCUCAUUAUUUUCCCGGCAGACUGAUGAUCAUAAGCUGCAAACUUACAAGGGAAGCUCGAACUCCGACACUCAUAUGUGUGACGCUUUUCAUGCCAAAACUUACAAAACAGUGCUACAAUUUUGCCAACUUUUGGCCUAAAAAUCUUGUUCUUUUCUUUGAGCCUCGCAGAUUUUCCAGAAAAACUUUUAUAAAAAAUGAGCAUUUUACUUCGAACACUUCCCUGUUAAAUUUUCUGUCGCUGAAAUCACGCUACACUUCCUUUCUUAACUUCUGGCGCAAUUCCUUUCUUUUCAAACAAAGAUAUAACAAUGCUACAUACAUUAAAAAAUGUACGCUUAUACACAUGUUUAGGAGCGACAACUAUCGCCGACUCCAAUCACCAAGAUCAUGGCCAUGAACCGAGAGAAAUGGGGAUGGCUUGCCCUUGGGCUGCUUGGCUGCUGUGUUAGUGGAUUGGUCAUGCCGUUCUUCGCUUUGGUGUACUCUCAGAUCAUCGCGGUGAGGCUUACGUUAAUUUAGAGAGGAAUUCUGGCGACUUGCUAACUUUUCUUUGGUGUUUCAGGUGUUCAGUGAGCCGGUGGACCAACUCCAAAAGGACGCCUUGUUUUGGGCCGCGAUGUUUGUGGUGAUUGGAAUUGUCAACGGACUGGGAUUCUUUACAUCGGUAGGUGUCUGGGUUUAAUAUUUUUUUUUGAUUUACGUAUUAAAAAAAAUAAAAAAUACAUAUUUAUUUUUUUUGAAUUUCAACGCUCAGUUGUACUUGGUCAUGAUUUUUUUUGUUUGAUUUUUCAUGUACAGGCAGGCAUAAGACACAUACCAUUUCCAAAAAGUUUUAGCUCGCGCUUUACAGGAACAGCGGAUAGAUUCAACGGUCUUUUCAGAUUGAGAGAGCACGCUAAAAGCCGAGAGAGGUCAAAGAAAGGACCAGUUUUUGGGCAUAACCUUGCCUGUUUUGUGCAAAAAAAUUUUGCUCAUGCCAAAAUUAACAAAAAAUUGAUUUUUUUAGCCAUUUUCCGACCUAAAAAUUUCGAUUGUUUCUACAGUGGGGGUCCAGUGGCAAAAAACGUACCACUUUGCAUCCAGGAAGUAUCAAAAAUGUGGCAAAAUACCUCCCUCUCCAAGUGAAAAAACUGAGAUUUCAAAAGCGCGCCCGCUCUUUUUGUGAGGGACCCUUCAAAACGAAGUUUUUUCAUUUGGAGAGGGAAGCAUUUUGCCACAUUUUUGAUACUUCCCGGAUACAAAAUGGUACGUUUUUUGCCAUUGGAUCAGGCCCCCACUGUGCAAGAUGCGGCCUAUGAGUCUGACUAAUGUAUUCGAAAAAAAUAGUCUGAAUUUGUGUCAAGCUUUAUGUCAUCAAAAGCAUAUUGGUUGUCUCACUGAGAGGGCUUCUCCUUGUAGAUCAAAAUACCAUUUUUUGAUAAUUUUAUGACAACUUUUCCUAAAAAAUAAUAUUGUAUAUUUGCAGGCCAACUGUCUAGGGCAAUGUGGAGAAGCGCUGACCAAAAAACUCCGCUACGAAGCCUUCAAAAAUCUGAUGCGUCAAGACAUUGGCUUCUACGAUGACAAACGCCACAACACUGGAAAACUCUCGACAAGAUUUUCGACUGACGCUCCGAAUGUUCGCUACGUCUUCACUCGAUUGCCAGUUCUCUUUUCGUCGAUUGUAACGCUGAUUGGCGCCAUUGUGAUUGGCUUUGUGUAUGGCUGGAAGUUGGCGCUGAUUCUGUUGGCAAUUGUUCCGCUGAUCUUGGCGAGCGGCUACUUUGAACUUCAAAUGAAGGUAAGCGUCUUGUCAUGGCUGGAGAGGCUGUGCAGGAAAGUCGCUAGCGAGCCGGGGUCGAAGUGGAACCUACCCCCUAGACCGGGGUCAAAUAUUUUUUUUAAAUGGUAAUGGGGGGCCAAGGUAAUUUUCGCGAAACGUUUUUACAUGGUCUUCAACGGAGGGACUCAUAGACAUGCCUAGAAAACCAUUUUUUUGUAUAUUCCAUUGGCAAAGAACAAAAAAAAGCCUGAAAUUUCUUGUGCCCAAACCCCAGCCAUAAAGAAUUAGGCAGAUCCCAAGUCCGGCCCCAAAAAAAAGUCUGCUCGGCCCUUCUUCGAAAUUUUCGAAGCCCGAUUAGGCCCUAGCCAUGUCUGAUGACGAGUGAACUUAAUCGAUGUUUAUUAUAGUUUGGGAAACAAAUGAGAGAUACGGAACUCCUUGAAGAGGCCGGCAAGAUCGCUUCGGAAGCUGUGGAGAACAUCAGGACCAUCGCUGGACUCAACAAACAACUUGUGUUCCAUUACAAGUACACUAUGCAUCUGGUGGAGCCGUUCUAGUGAGUUUGCGAGCCCUUGAUGACUCUAGAAUCGCAUAUGACAAAUGACCUUUUCUAUUUUCAGUUCAAACGUCCGCCAAGCCCAUGUUUAUGGAGGUGUGUUCGCAUUCAGUCAGAGUAUAAUGUUCUUCAUGUAUGCCGUUGCGUUUUAUUUGGGUUCAGUGUUUGUGAACGACCAUAGCAUGGAGCCGGUGGCGGUUUACAGGUAAUAAAAUUUUAAGGUUCUCCUAUAAACUGAACACUCCCCUUUUCGAACACUCCCCCUAAAUUGAACACUCCCCUUUUUCGAACACUCCCCCCAAAAUUGAACACUCCCCCUUUUCGAACCCCCCCCCCCCGCAAAAUGGAACACUCCCCUUUUUCGAACACUCCCCCCAAAAUUGAACACUCCCCUUUUUCGAACACUCCCCCCUAAAUUGAACACUCCCCUUUUUCGAACAUUCCCCCCAAAAUUGAACACUCCCCUUUUCGAACACUCCCCCCUAAAUUGAACACUCCCCUUUUUCGAACACUCCCCCCCAAAAUUGAACACUCCUCUUUUUCGAACACUCCCCCCAAAAUUGAACACUCCUCCUUUUCGAACUCUCCCGCCAAAAUGGAACACUCACCCUUUUCGAACACUCCCCUCAAAAUUGAAUACUCCCCUUUUCGAACACUCCCCUUCAUUUUGAAACUUGAAAAAUUAGGGUGUGACAUUUUAUACGAUAAAAAAAUUUCUAAAUUUUAUAAAAAGGUGAGUGUGACAUGUUAUACGAUGAAAUAAUUUUUUUGUAUAUUUUUGUUAUGUUCCGUUAAAAGUUGUUACAAAUUAAAGUUAUCAUAUUUUCUUACAGAGUAUUCUUCGCGAUCGCAUUCUGCGGCCAAUCCGUCGGCCAGAUCAGCUCAUUCAUCCCGGAUGUAGUCAAAGCCCGACUUGCAGCCUCGCUUCUCUUCCACCUCAUCGAAUUCCCCACGGCGAUCGACUCGUUGGACACCAGUGGAAAGAAAGUUGUAAGAAUUCGAAUUUUUUUAUAAUUUGUAUACAUUAUAUUUGUCAUAUUUUGCAAAAAAUCUCUCAAUUGUGCUUGCAGAUCGUCAAAGGAAAUGUGCAAUUCAAAAACGUCGAAUUCUCGUACCCAACGCGGCCGCAGAACAAGGUCCUGCACAACAUGAAUGUCCAAGUUGAGGAGGGAAAAACGCUGGCGCUGGUGGGGCAAUCGGGCUGCGGCAAGUCGACGGUCAUGUCAUUGUUGGAGAGGUUCUAUCGGAUCAAAAAGGGCUUAAUUGUAAGUGGUUUUGCGGAUGAAACUUGGAAAAAAUUUAGAUAGAAAAUUUUGAUGACAAAAAACAAAUUUUGUAAGCUAAAAGUUUUACGUAGAAUCGAGAUUUUUUGGCCUGUUCAUGGAUAAAAUUUGAGCUUUGAAGUAUCAGUCUGUCGGAAAAAUAAUGAACAAAAUAUCGCUGCCCCAGUCGCGUCGCUGCGAUGUGAAUGAUAACUCAUCUUGUUGAACGUCGAAUAGAUGAGAUUUGACCAUCUUGAAGAGGAUCGAAUUUGACACACACAGACCAAAAAAAUUGUCAAUACGAUCAUGCAACUUGCACUUUUGGGUGGCAGAAGUUUUAAAAAUGAAAUUUUUUCAAUCGUCGUUGCGAAGUGUAUGCGACAGGGUUCUUUACAAUAUUUAUAUAUAUUUUCUGAAAGCCGGCUUUUUACUCUACUGUCAUGCCAAAUUUUAGCCUUUUAGCUUUAAAGGCCAACGAGAUAUGGAGAGCGAAAGCAUGCGCAUUCCGAAAAAAUAGAAAAAGUCGCGGAGAUCGGUUGUGCCCCAAAAGUACAGAAUGCCGUGCGUCGCUUGAAUUGAAUUGAAAAGAAAUUUAAUUUUCACCAUUCAUUUUCCCGGCGGCGAUGCGAUUUGCGAUGGACAGAGUGCUCAUUAUUUCCCCGACAGACUGAUAAUUUAUUUUUAUCUGGCCUUUUCAACACAAGCCCCUACUUUUUCAGACAGUCGACAGCAUUCCCAUCGAAGAGCUGAACAUCCACUCGCUGCGCGAUCAAGUCUGCAUCGUUAGCCAAGAGCCCACGCUCUUCGACUGCUCCAUCAAAGAGAACAUUACGUACGGAAUGCGCGCGCCCGUCACAAUGGACGCGAUUCACAAGGCCUGCGAGCUGGCCAACAUCCACGAGUUCAUCAUGACGCUGCCGCAGCGCUACGACACCCGCGUCGGCGAGCGCGGCACGCAGCUGAGCGGCGGCCAGAAGCAGCGGAUCGCCAUCGCCAGGGCCGUGAUCCGGGAUCCGGCCGUCCUGCUGCUCGACGAAGCCACGUCGGCGCUGGAUUCGGAGUCGGAGAAGGUGGUGCAGGAUGCGCUGGAGAAGGUGCGAAAAGGCCGCACCUGUAUCGUGAUCGCGCAUCGCUUGUCGACCGUUCAGAACGCCGAUCAGAUCGCGGUUGUGAGGGGCGGAAAGGUCAUCGAAAAAGGCACUCAUUUCGAGCUGCUGAAUCGACCCGAUGGCGCUUAUCGGCACCUCUGUUCCACGCAGAUUCUGGACGACCGCAAUCUGGAGUAA